AUGGAUAAUAUACAAGGAUACUCAAGUGAAAAUGAUAGCGACAAUAGUGCAAAAAAUACUGAUGUGACCCAAUUGAAGUCAUUGAAAGUGUUUAAUAACGAAAAAUAUAAGAAAAAUAAAAUCAUACUACAACAACCAUUACAAAUAGAUUUUCGGGAAAAUAAUCCAGAAAGAAAUGAUGGAGAAACUUCUGAUGCAAAUGAUGAGAUAGAUGUAAAAGACUCACAAGAUACGAAAAAGGAUUUAGACAAAUCUGAGUUGAUUAAACCAAAAAUGACGGAAUUCAACACAAGUGAAUUCUAUGAGGAAAAUACGAAAAACCAAGAGAAGUAUGAAGGUCAACUGAAAUCCAAUCAGCCUUUGAAACAACUUUCAAACAUACGACUGCAUCAAUUAUCGAAUAUUAUCAAAUUAGGUCAGGCCAAUGAAGCGAAACUACACGAAUUACACAAGGGGAGUAAGGUACACAAGCCAAAAACACUGAGAAAUAAAAAAUAA